CGCCGCCAACCCCCGCCCCGGGGGCGGCUGCCCCGGCGGAGCCUCCAUCUGCAGCCCGGCGGCGGAGCGGGAACAUGGCGGACCUGGAGGCGGUGCUGGCCGAUGUCAGCUACCUGAUGGCGAUGGAGAAGAGCAAGAGCACCCCGGCGGCCAGGGCCAGCAAGAAGAUCACCUUGCCCGAGCCCAGUAUCCGCAGCGUUAUGCAGAAAUACCUCGAGGAGAGGGGUGAAUUAACCUUCGACAAGAUCUUUCAUCAGAAGAUUGGAUUUUUGCUCUUUAAGGACUAUUGCAUGAAUGAGAUCGAUGAGGCUGUCCCCCAGCUGAAGUUCUAUGAAGAGAUCAAGGAGUACGAGAAGCUGGACUCGGAGGAGGAGCGGCUGUCGCGGAGCCGGCAGAUCUACGACACCUACAUCAUGAAGGAGCUGCUCUCCUGUUCCCACCCUUUCUCAAAACAAGCUGUAGAUCAUGUACAAACACAUUUAGCCAAGAAACAAGUGCCAGCCAGCCUUUUCCAGCCAUAUAUAGAAGAAAUUUGUGAUAGUCUCCGAGGAAAAAUAUUUCAAAAAUUUAUGGAAAGUGACAAGUUUACUAGAUUUUGUCAAUGGAAAAAUGUAGAGCUAAAUAUUCAUCUGACCAUGAAUGAUUUUAGUGUACAUAGAAUAAUAGGAAGAGGGGGAUUUGGUGAAGUGUACGGCUGCAGGAAAGCAGACACUGGAAAAAUGUAUGCAAUGAAAUGUUUAGAUAAGAAGAGAAUCAAGAUGAAGCAAGGAGAAACAUUAGCCUUAAAUGAAAGAAUUAUGCUGUCUCUUGUCAGUACAGGAGACUGUCCUUUUAUAGUCUGUAUGACUUAUGCCUUCCACACCCCUGACAAGCUCUGCUUCAUUCUGGACCUCAUGAAUGGAGGAGAUUUGCACUACCACCUCUCCCAGCACGGAGUGUUUUCUGAAAAAGAGAUGAGGUUUUAUGCUACUGAAAUCAUCCUGGGGUUAGAGCACAUGCACAAUCGCUUCGUGGUGUACAGAGACCUGAAGCCUGCAAAUAUCCUGCUGGAUGAACAUGGGCACGUGAGGAUAUCAGACCUUGGGCUGGCUUGUGACUUUUCCAAAAAGAAGCCACAUGCCAGCGUAGGAACCCACGGGUACAUGGCCCCCGAGGUGCUGCAGAAGGGCACAGCCUACGACAGCAGCGCUGACUGGUUCUCCCUGGGCUGCAUGCUCUUCAAGCUGCUGAGGGGGCACAGCCCUUUCAGGCAGCACAAAACCAAAGAUAAGCACGAGAUCGACCGGAUGACGCUCACCGUGAAUGUGGAGCUCCCGGAUUCCUUUUCUCCCGAGCUGAAGUCCCUUCUGGAAGGGCUCCUGCAGCGGGAUGUGAGCAAGAGGCUUGGAUGCCAAGGAAGAAGCGCACAAGAAGUAAAGGAACAUCCUUUCUUCAAAGGCAUUGAUUGGCAGCAAGUCUAUUUACAGAAGUACCCUCCCCCCCUGAUUCCUCCCCGGGGAGAAGUCAAUGCAGCAGAUGCUUUUGAUAUUGGCUCGUUCGAUGAAGAGGACACUAAAGGCAUUAAGUUGCUUGAUAGUGACCAGGAGUUAUAUAAGAACUUCCCUCUGGUAAUAUCGGAGCGUUGGCAGCAAGAAGUAGCAGAAACUGUUUAUGAUGCAGUAAAUGCAGACACGGAUAAAAUUGAGGCCAGAAAAAGAGCUAAAAACAAGCAGCUUGGCCACGAGGAAGAUUAUGCCCUGGGGAAGGACUGCAUCAUGCAUGGAUACAUGCUCAAGCUGGGGAACCCUUUCCUGACUCAGUGGCAGCGGCGUUACUUUUACCUCUUCCCCAACCGGCUGGAGUGGCGAGGAGAAGGAGAGUCCCGGCAAAACCUGCUGACAAUGGAACAAAUAGUAUCUGUUGAAGAAACACAAAUUAAAGACAAGAAAUGCAUCUUACUGAGAAUUAAAGGAGGGAAACAGUUUGUCCUACAGUGUGAGAGCGACCCCGAGUUCGUUCAGUGGAAAAAAGAGCUGACAGAGGCUUUCACCGAGGCCCAGAGGUUGCUGCGCCGGGCUCCAAAGUUCCUCAAUAAAUCCCGCUCCACGGUCGUAGAGCUCUCGAAGCCCCCGCUCAGCCACAGGAACAGCAACGGGCUGUAGGAGACACCGACCGCGCUCCCACAGGGAGAGCCGCUUGGUGAACCUGCAGAGUGUCCCAGAAUCCUUGUGAACGAAUGACUUUGUGCAGUCCUGGACGCGGGACGCGCUCGGAGGAGGAGGAAUUCGAUGUUUACAGCGUGGGAUCGCGUCAGGACUCUGUCUCCGGGGGCUGUGCGGACUGGAAGGGUUGGCGGGGUCGGCCCCCGCUCCUGGCAGCGCUGGAGGUCACCGAGCGGAGAAGCUGCUCCUUGCUCCCACGCGUGUCCCCACCCCCGGCAGGGCCCGGCCCAGCUCCGUCCCUCUGGAACUACUGCUGGAAGGAAGAGGCUUUUUCCCGUGCCGCGCCCUCGCUCGGGGGCGGCGCGGGCGCUGCUGGCUGGGUGACGCUCCCGCGGUGACACCGACGGAGCCGGAGCCGCCGCCCGGCCCGUGGCGGCGGGCGCCCCUCGCUCUGUCGUGUCGCCGUGUCCUUCCCGACAAUUUUACUGCUGAACUCUCUGAUAACCUUGCUCCAUACUGCUGAUGAUCAACAGCGUGACUCCGAUGCACUUCAAAGUACUGAAUUCUAACUGUCCUGUGGUUUAAAUGUUAUUGCUACUUCGUGGGAGCGUUGAACUCGAAUUAUUCCCUGGGGUUUGUUGUACUCACUAAUAGUAGCUACCACCAUUUUGCUUCUUCUACGUAUAUGCAGUACUAUAACUGACACAAUAGAGUAAUAAUUGGUGAAGAGGAAUUUAUGGUAGCUUCAUCUAGUGCUCUGUUGUAUAAAUUGACUAUUUUAGCACAGUUUUUAAAAGAGCAGAUUCCUUUUGACAAGUUUACAGAGAACAUAAAAGACAGUUCUUUUCCAUUUCAGGUCAACUGCACUUUUUAAAAAAUUAAAAAAAAAAAAAUAGAAAUUACUCAAAUCCAGUGCAUUCUAGAGCGUGUGCUGGGUUCCGGUGUGCGUGGGUACCUCGGUACGUAUCCCGGAUCGCUCCUCAGUCCUGGGACUCGGGAUCCUCCUCUGCUGUACACAGGUGUGUUCCCAUAGCUUAGAAAUCCCCAGAAAUCCCCAGUUCCCCCUGGAGCCCGGCCCAGGAGGUUCGUGCACAUAUCACAGCUCGGCUGGGGAAAGGAUCUCUCAUUUUCUGUUCUGAAGAGUUCAAGCUGCCCCCAGUGAGACCAGUGUGAGAAAACUGAGCGUGGAACUGGCAGGAUGAGCUGAUCAAACGUCAGGUUCAUGUUAAUUCUACCUAGAGGCAUCAGGUGUGUUGGGUGGAAAGUGAUGCUGAAGGAAAGAUCUAAUCCUGAGCUGUCCCACAGCUUUAAGCUGGGCCUUGCCCUGGGUGUUGCGGUGUUUUCUAAGUGAGAGGUCAGGGCUGAACUUAAGCUGUUUUUCCAAUUCAGUGAACAGCUUAGAGAAGAUUUUUCUUCCCAGCUACAGAGGUACAACUCUCACAGUCCCUGAAGACAGCGGAGCUGUGCCUGUGUGAGUGGGAGCGGAAUUUGUGCGUGGUUUGUCGAGCGUGUGUGGCUGUCCGAUCACCACGGAGUCCCUUGGAGAGGAGUAGUACAAGUGGCUCUGUUUGCUUCUGCACGGGGGCUGCGUUUGCUGCACAGCUUGUGCAAACCCUGGCUGACCACCCGGGGCUGCACCAAAGGGAAAAUGCGUUCUGGAAAAUACCCCCUGAGAAAGUGGCUUCUUUCAAUGACGUUUUUUCUCCCAUGUUUAUUUUCCAAAUUAUUCUGUGUAAACAGCACCAGGCUCUCUUGUCAUUCCUGUUGAGCAUCUCAGCUCCUCUGUAAGGAGCAGUGUCAGAGGUGACUGGUCAGUGGUUGGACUUGAUGAUCUUGGAGGUGUUUUCCAACCUAAAACGAUUCCAUGAUUCUGUGUGUGGUAUUUAAAAAGUGUUCGGGAUAAAAAACGUCUCAUCCUGGCUGUGGUUCAGCUCUCCCUACAAUACCAUGCAAUGCUCGUAUUUUCCUCCUUGAUUUAGAAAAAAGCCCUCAGAUGGUGUCAAAACCUUCUCACCGUUCUUGUGUAACUUGUUUUUACUUUCUUAGUCCCUGCUCAGUUCCGUUCUUCUCCUCCAGUUAUUUUCCGUGGCUGGAUUUCACUCUCGCUCCCUGCCGGCGGAUUCCGGUGCCGAUGUCACUGAGGGAGGAGCAGGUCAUCAGCUGGGAAAUUGUGCCUCAAACCCAGAGAUUUUAUAUGAAAUGAAGGCUGUACGUUGACUUAGGGAAAUACAUUUAUUCUGGAACGUGAUGGGAGUUGGGAUGGCCCUGGAAUAUCCUCAUUCUCGUGCUCCUUGCUGCCCCAUCCAACCUCCGAUGGGAGGGGCAGGAAGAGAUUUGGAUUUCUUUAGCCAGCUGAUUUAUCGACAGUUGAAAAUAGCUUUAUUUUUGUGACUUGCAUCUAACCGUGCAGCCAGGAGAGGAGAGGUUGUCACAGUGACAAACUCCUGAAUGAGGGUGGGAUCCCAGUAAGAAAUGGGGCUCUGUGUGGAAGUGACUGGAUGUGCUGGUGUGGAGGGAGAGCUGGAAUUGCACCCUCCAAACCAAAAACUCCUGGAUACUGCCCCAGGCUGCUCCUUCCUGGUGUAGGAACCAGAGUCUCUGAAGUUUUUGUUUUGGACAAAGAUUUCUGGUGGUGUUAAUUUGCAGGAGGGUCUUUGGCUGUGUGCUUAGGAUCCCUCCUUUAUUUGCUAAUUAUUUUGCAAAUUCAUGAAAUGCUAAAGGAACGUUUACUGUGGGAUGUUUUAUGUGCUUUUUUUUUUUUUUUUUUUUUUUUUUUUUUUUUUUUUUUUUUUCAAUCCUUCAUCCAAGUGUUGGCCAUUGACUUCUCCAAGUGUAAAUCUUCUUCCUUUUAGUUGUGUUUGAGCUUUUUGUGUUCUUGUCCCUGGUCCAGCAGAGCCUCGGCUGCAGUCUCACGGGUUCUUCCCCAAGUGCUGCUGUGAGAGAAGCUGGAGUAAUGCUGGAGUGGAUCCAGCUGGGAUUGGCAUUCCUGGUAUGUUCCCCCACCCCCCAGCAGGCUUCAAAAAAUCUUGGAGCAGGCUAAUAAUAGCUGGAAGCGUGUCUGGGAAGGGAAGCCUGGCAGGUAGGGAGGGAGCAACUCUGGGGAUAGACCUUGGCUUAGUCACAUUUCAAGUUUUCCUUAAUUUCUUGGGGCUGCCCUGAGCAGGACCAGGAGUUAGACUCUUGAUGAUCCUCACGGGUCCCUUCCAGCUCAGGAUAUUCCAGAUUCUGCGAUUCAGCACCUCCCCUUUCGAAACCCAGUGGAAGAUUUUCCUCUCCCACUUCUAUCAAGGGGGGGAAAACCCAGAAACUGAACUGCCAAGUUGGGUCUGGCUUUGAGAUAAAUCAGGUGUCUGCAGCCCAGCGUGGAGGUGCUGGGAACACUGGUUUGUGCUAAAAAAGCCUUGUUUGGGUUGUGAUCCUGCCCAUGGUGGCCGCUGCUGGUGCCCAGGGGGGCUCUCGGGGUUGGUGUUCCCUGAGCAGGACCAGCCCCGGCGCUGGGGCAUCGUCAUUCCUCGGGUUUGCAGUGAAUCAGCCCAUGAGGAGUGAAAUCCCUGGGGCUCUGAAAAAUCCCUGGAGCUCUGAGUCUCUCUUUCCCCUGGUAGAUGGUCAGCUGUAGGACCAGGUCCCUUGAUUCCGUGUCCAUAUCCGUGUCCCGCAGCCGUUGGCACGGCGGUGUCACCUCCCAGCACGUGGCAGUGACACGGCUCCUGCGCCUCUGAGGUGUUUGCACCCGAAAUAUCCCCAGAGGGAAGGACUGUUGGAAGUGUACAGUAGACAAUAAAUAAUUCUAGUUGUGUUGAUUAAUAUAAGGAAUGACUCGGUUCCGCAAACUAAAGGAAAAAAAAAAUCUGAAAAGCGUAUUUUGACAAAGCAUAGUAUUAAUUUUAAUAUUGUAAAAAUAAAAAAAAAGGAAAAUAUCUAAAAUAUACAGAGAAAAUAUGUAUAUCCAAAUGUCUGAGGAGUUUCAAGAUAAUCUACUUUUGUUUCCUGUUGGUUUCUAUUCCAUGGUGUACAUAUUGUGUGGAUGGAACAUUGGCUGUUUUAAUACUAUUGUUAAAUUGUAUUUUUAUUUUGUGUUAAACUAAUCAUCACAGACUCAGCUUUAUUUUGUUUAUGUAAAGGUUGCUAUGCUCUGUAGGUAUAAACCCGAGAAUUCUAUUUUAACAGAAAAAAAAAAGCAUUUUAUAUUAUUUAUUAAAUACAUGUUUCUCCAACUUCUGACAUUCCACAGAAUUUCUGCUCCAUGUAUGUAUGGAAGUGGCAGCUCCUUUCAAGCAGGAUCAGCCAGCUUUAUUCUGUUUUUCAUGACAAAGUAGGGAUAGACUCCCUGAGGCUGUGCAGCCCUUCUCUCCCAGCACAGGGACUCCAGGCUCUGUCAGGUCCAUCUCAGGUGGCUCCUGGAGGCGGAAACAUCUGGAAAACUCCUGCAAAUCCACCCCUCGAUGGGAUAAUUCCAAAUUUCUCCUUUAUCCCUCAGCAUUCCCAGAGCAAGUGUUUAUUCACGGGAGCCUGAGCUGAGUUAAAGAGAAUUAAUGCCCUAAAUUGGGGCAAGGUGGCAGUCAGUGGUGUUUGAUCCAGCUCAGCCAUCGGGGAAUUGCAGAGCCUGGAGCGCCGGGCACGGGGCUGGGCUGCAGGACCCAAAAUGUCCUCACUGGAGAUGGGUUUGGUGCGUGAGGGGGAUCGCCUGAUCCUCAAAAACAGGAUCCUGUGCCUGAUGUAGCAGAUCCCGGAGCCGGGGCAGGGCCCUGCUGGGUGUCACAUCCCAGGAGGAGAGCGGCCACCCGGGGCCCUGCAGGCGUGGGGUGGGUGACAGCCAGGCAGGAACCCCUGUGGGUCCUGGAGCUGCCUCUGCUGGGCACAUCUGGGCACACCUGCAGAGCCAGCCCCAGCACCUCCAUCCCCAGGGAGGUACAGAAAUAGCCCGAAGUUGAGCAGGUCGCUCAGUUCCUAAAAAUAAUUGGGGUCAUGAGCACGGCCCGUGCAGUUUGAGGAAUACCCGAGGUAUAACAUUGUGUGCUCUCAGUUUCCAUAGUGAUGGGCCUGGGGGUCUGUGCUGGUCAGAGCUGAUCCCCGUGGCAUUUCUGGGGUGAAACGUGGCAUUUUCCUGCUGCAGAAGUUCUCUCCUUGCUGGAGGGGCUGCCUGGGGCAGGGAGGGAUCCCUGCUGUGCUCCCCAGGAGCAGUCUCUGCCUUCUUUCCCCUUUCCCUCUCUGAUCCCAUUGGAUUUUGGGGUGAGCUGUUCCUGGAGGGAGGGGCGAGCUGGUGGUGGGUGAGACUGUGCCGGUGGCAUUGUGGCUCCUUGGUGUCACCCCUGGAAAGGUGCCGUGGUGGGGACAGUGAUGAGACUGCUGCUGCUGGCCUGGGGUGUGUCCAGGCAGGGAUUUGGCAGAGAACCUGGGGACAGCUGCAGGAAGGGGGGCUUUGUCCAGGGCCAGGUUGGUCUGGGUUUGUGUGACACGCUGUGUUUUCCAGGCUGGAAAAGGAGAUGGGCUGGGAAGAGGCUGCUGUUGGUAGCAGGCAUCUUCUCCUCAGGGAAACAGAGAGAGCGGGCAGUGGGUGAGAUGGCACAAAAGAAAAUGUGCGUGAAAAACAGAAUAAAGCAGGAGCAUCCUCGGAGAGGGGGUUUGUGAGCACUUCCAGUGCCUCACGAGGUCCUUUAAAACAAAACAAAGAGCAGAUUCACACGAACAGCUACUCGCGAUGAAGGAGACGAUCGAAAGAGAACCUGUCCAAAAUGUGUAAUUAAUGGUAAGCAAAGCCAGGAUCUGUAAAUAACUUUAGAUAUUGUAUCGAUGAGAUCAUUCCUUGUUUUAUGUACUUGGCUCUUUCCAUAUUUAUUGUGGGGAGGAGGGUCCCGGUGCCUGCGAGCUGUGGCCUCGCUCCUCACGGACUGUCCCGGAGUUUACAGCCCCGUCGUGGCGGGUGUGCCACACUCGGUUCUUGCCGCCAGUAUUUUUUUAACGGAUUAUUUUGGCACAGCUAAGCUGCUUCUGUGUGUUGGUCAGUGCUCUCCUACGACCAGACCCCAAUAAAAGCCGUCCUUUGCGUGUG